AUAAAAAUGAACUCUGAAGUUGAUCCAAUGUACACUAGAUUAUAUCAUAAAUACUCUAUGAAAUAUAGAAGGAUCAUCGAUAAGUAAUAUUCUAUUCUCUAUAAAAGAUGGAUUAUGCAUCCUGGAAAAAGAUGGAUAUUUUGUGCCCUAUUAUUCUUUUUCUAUAUAAACAGACUUCUUGAAACACAAAGUUAUUUUGUUGUUUCCUAUAUGCUUGGAAUCCAAAUUAUUUAAUCUUUGUUGAGAUACUUUACACCUCUCGGACUUCCUGAUAUUGAAGAUGAAGAUGAUGAUGUCAAUAGUAAUACAUUCAAAUAUCUCUUCAAGUUUAACUUCCAUAGCAUAAUGACGAUAGACCUUUAAUAAGAUCUAUGCCUGAAAUAUAAUUAUGGGAGUAAAUUAUUUUUGCUUUAUUCCUAUCAAACUUUGCAACAUACUUUUAAAUUUUCGAUUUACCUGUCUAUUGGCCUUUUUUGUUUAGUUAUUUUAUUUUAGUUAUGAUAAUAACUUUUAAAAAGUAUCUUAAACAUAUGCAAAAAUAUGGAUAUAGUUGGGGAGAUUUCUCAAAGAGAUGAUUGUAAUUAAUUUUUAUUAACAUCAUA